CCAACAUGAUAAAAGAGGAAAAUGAACUUAAGCCACUUUCAAAAUAAACGGCUUAAAUAGCAAUUGAAAAAAAAAAACAACCUUGGAGUGGCCAGGAACGGUUAUUUUGCAUAUGGCUCAAGCAGCUCACGACUUCCGGUUUUAGACGAAGUAUCCUAAAAAGAUGAGCUAAGGUAAUAACAAAAGGAUUAUUACUCCAGGAGGAACCCACGCAAGUGGCAAUCCACCCAGAGCUUCGGCUGUGGCCGGGGCACGGAUUCUGGAGGCCCCAACCCCGCCCAAAGACGAACAAAAAUGUUCGCCAAAACAAAAAACAGAAAGUCUAUCAAACGCUCCGGUGGCGCUAGACGCUAGACGCGCAGCGCGCAAACAUGGGCUAGUGGCUGCCGGAACAAGCCUUCAUGACAGUGGGACCCCCCUCUCGUUACGAACGAAAUUCCGCUGGAGUCAGGGAAAAGCCCUCAGGUUCGGGGACCAGCAAGGAGAGCAACGCCAGUGCAGAGAAGGACAAGAGGUCCUACGCAGAGGUGACCCUUCCUUUCAACUAUGCGAUCCUAGACGCGGGUAGACCCGGGGGAGAGCAUGUCGACGAAGCAGCAGACCUUGUUUGAGGCGGCUUCGGUGACGAUCUAAUGGACCUAAUCCUAUCGUCGACUUCCAACAGGUUUGUCUUCAAAAUCGACAUGGCUCGAUUCGAGAAGGGUAUCUUCCGCCUGGCCAUCAACUCCUUGGAGGACACUUCAGCCAUCCAUUCCAUGGUGGAGAGUCUGCCGGAGCUAUGCGGGAACUGUAAGCUGCGCAUCAUGUCCACGGAGUCCAUCGUUAAGAUGCUGCCCAAACAGAACACGGCACUGAGGACGGAUCUGUGGAAGAUAUUUCAUCGCAGCAGCACUCCGGAAGGGGAUGUCAUCGUGAUGGGUAUAGAUCCAGAUUCAUACUCGUUCCUGGAAUCUGUCCGUCCUGACGAGGACCAUUCUGCCAAGGCUAGUGCGAGGACACAGGUGGUACCACCACCGGUUAGAGUGACGACCGGAAGACCCCCGGGAACCACGUCGUCGACAGCACUGUCGAGGGUACUUAGGGAUCCUCUCUCAACACACAGCGCAUUGGGACAGGAGACUGAGACCGACGCGGAAAUGGUGGACUUCUCAGGGCUGACCCCUUCUCAGGAGGAUAAGCUCCUGAGUAGCCCUAAGCAAUGCUGAUCAUGCAGAUCAACUACCACCGAAACAGUGUGGCGUCCAUUAAUCUGGUCGACAGACUAAUAAAAGACGUGUCGAUAGAGGACAUCCCAGUGGUCAAAGUAACCGACCAUCCAAUGCUUUUAGUGGUAUUUUACCUGCCCUUCAACUCCCCAUCUCCGUCCCCACGGAAGAGCUAACGGAAGAUAACGGAGUACGCAGAAAAAACAGAUCUUCAGCUAGGUUCAAUAGCUGUUCGCCACAAGAGGAGAAAGACAUAGACUAUAAGAACAGUUCUUUGUGAAGUCAGGAAAGCGCCCAAAUCAGAUGUUAAGACUCGAACCUACUACAAAUCUGCAUACAUAGGUGUUUUACUACUGAAUCCUCUAAUUCGCAAGGAUAUUCAAAAAAGUGAUAUUCAAAGAAUUUUAGUCUGGAUCUCGCAUAGACCUGGACGGCGCAACCGUUUAGCAGGAAACCACAACAGACGUUAUCAAUUCUGCAUAAUGGGGACGGUAUUGAGCUUUAAUCCAAGAGAGCGCCAUCCGUUUUAUUCAUCCCAGACUAGCAUCCAAUAUAACCAACAAUCUGACAUUCGAAAUGAAUAUAUACUGGAAGGUUCUUCCUUAAUGGACUCUCAUUUGAACAACUUUUGCUACGAACAGUUGAAUAAUGCAAAAAAUCAAGAAACGAAGCAAAGUAUUCGAGUCCCGCUGGCUAAAAAUGGAAUAAUUGCCCAUAAUGGAUGUGGAAGAAUCAAUUUAAGCAAGCAGAGUCAUGUGACCAGUUAUAGUUUUAAUAAAUUGAAAGGUACAAAAGAUGCAAUUAACAAUGACUUGGAUUCACACAAUGAAAAUUCAGCACUUUUUACGGAAAAAAAUACUAUUGAAAAGAGUAUGAAAAAGCACUCAUUAUUUAUAAGUGCUUUGUCUUGGAAAAAACUUGCUGCGUCGCAUAACAAAAAGAAAAUUGAAAAUAAAAAUAAAUGUGCGAAUAUACCUACUGGCUGUUUCAAAGCUCAUCCAUUAGAUACAUCGAAUGUAUCUUAUACCGAUAAAAAUAAAAAUGUUCGGUUGCAUUUUAACCAAAUUAACGACAGUCAACACAUAAAUUUAAAUCAAGACGACACUCAGCCAUGCAAUACACACUUUUCAAAUUCUAAAACUAAAAAGCAAAUAACAUCACAAGAUCUUGUUAGAAUUAAUACCACGAAUUUUAAUAAGCAUAACAAAUUGAUUCAAAAAGAGCCUCUGACUUUAUCUUUGCCACCACAAUCGCAAACAAUUCAAAAUAAAAACAGCCAUAUUCCAAGGAAAACUGUAAUUCAGGCAUCAACUUCUGAACUACUGAAAUGUUUGGGAAUAUUCUUACAUUAUCGAUGUAAAAAAUUGAAAAAUUUUGAAGCCGGAGACGCCGUCAUGUGGUUAAGGGCUGUUGAUAGAAGUCUAUUACUUCAGGGGUGGCAAGAUGUGGCAUUUAUAAAUCCGGCAAAUGUAGUAUUUGUGUACAUGCUCAUAAGGGAACUAGUAGAUGGCGAAGAAACUAAGGAAUCGGAGCUGCAGGCAUCUGUUCUAACGUGUCUAUACUUAUCAUAUUCUUAUAUGGGCAAUGAGAUAAGCUACCCACUGAAACCAUUCCUAGUUGAAGACUGCAAAGAUAAAUUUUGGGAAAGAUGCCUUAUCAUUGUCAAUCGCUUGAGUAGUAAAAUGUUAAAAAUCAAUGCUGAACCAGGAUUUUUCACGGAGGUCUUCACGGAAUUGAAAUCAUGUGGGCAAAUAUUAUCCAACACAAAUGGAACCUUUACAUGUACCAGUGCCUGAUGUACAGGACAACUAUACAUAUUAAGGCUUUCAUUUACACCAUACAUUCAGGCCCAAGCGAUAAACGCUUAGUAUGUUUAAUAACAAUUAUAUGUUAAAUUACAAAACACGUCAACCUAUCUUAGACAUUAACAGCGUAAAAUGCUGAAAAUAAAAAGUUUUAGAAAAGUUAAAA